UCGAGGGAGAGCAAAGGCGGAGGCGCCGAUGGAUGCACGACGUCGUCCUAAGAGCACUGAGAGAGAGAGAAGACAGAAAGGGAGAGUUGAGGAAGAGAAGAGGCUGGUCGUGUGUGUAAUUCCUUGAAGUUCAUGAGGGUACCCAAUGGUAUUUUGAAAAAUUCAUUAAACCUUCGCUGCUACAGUAGCCGCGGCUUCUGGCUUCUAAAAGCCAGGGUCCCCUGACUUCGGCUUUUCCAGCUUAUAAGCCCUGGCUUCCGAAAGAAGCACCGUGAAGCUGAUUUACCAAACACCAAAUGGGACUUUGCUUAUAAGCACAGGAGGUUAAAAGCUGUACCAAACAUAGCCAAGAUUGUCCCUAAACCCCUAAAAACCCUUGAAUUCCCUCACACUCUUCGGACCCAAAACCAAAACUGACAAUCUCUUGGAUCAUCCUCGAGGGUUUGUUUCAAGGUAAUGUACAAACCAAAAGCUUUAAAAGUUUCAAGGAAAUGUGUAUUUAUUUUGCUCCAUCAUCAUUUUUUAAGGUUUCAAUCCAAAGUGUGCUCUUGGAUCUCUCUGUUUGUUAUCAGUAAUUGUCUUGUACGUUCUAGGAUUUGAUUAUCAGAUCUAGGCUCCCAUAUAUUCGAUUUUUGUAAUUUACAGAGAUAUAUAUAUGUCGACAAGUUUUAAUGCUCAUUCUAGCUAUCAUCUUCUACUAGGGGAGGGUGUCCUUUGGAACUGUGCUUAUUCUCUCGCGUUCUAGUGUUUUGAAUCUGUUAGUUGUCAAUAAUGUAUGUAUCUGAUCUUGUUAUUUCAUUCUAGUACUAGUUAAUUGAAUAUAUUCCAGGUAACUAACUAUAUUGGAUUCAAUAGGAUACUGGAUAUUUGUAAUACAUAAAUUUACUUUUUCAGGAUCAGGAUUGGCGCAGGCAUGGCCACCCUACCAUUUCCCAAGUUGUACCUUGAAGAGGUGAAGCUAGAGGCAGAACUGGACAUUAAGAAGGCUUGGGUCAGAGAAGUACUUCAAGGGAUUAUAUGGAGAAUGUCCAAGGGCAUCAACAGUGGAUCCCUGGACCCUAAGCUAAUUGAAAUCAUUGACGACAGAGCUAUGUUGCCGGAGGAAGCAGUCAUAGAGGGCAUACAUCCACCGUACCUUCUCGCCAUCAAGUCCUUCGUCACUGAUUUCCAUGCCAGUGACUAUCCAAAGAUGAGCCCAAGGGACCGGCUGCAGUACGAUGACUUUGUGUCUUUUUUAGACACACUCACCACUCUGAGGCAGCUGAUAUUACUGUACAACCAUCCACAUCUGCAAAAUGAAGUUGAGUCAUGUGCAUUCUUACCCAGAGGACGAAGUGUGCUGAAUAUCAUCCAACAAAAUCCCAACCAUGCUUUCCCCAGUCGCCGCCACUUCCCAAAACUCAGCAGCAGUCAUCACCAAGUUGGACAAGCUGUGGCAACAGAUCCUACGUUGAUGAGGUGGGAAAAGGCAUAUAGUAGACUGGUCAAACAGACGAGGACCAAAAGAGUUAAUAUCAGAAAAUCACUCUCAGAACUUGAUCCAGAAUUUCUCCAGUUAUGUGAGGAUGGGUAUGGCGAUACUGAACCAAAACGUUAUCUUGAUCAUGAACCUGUGGACGAGCUCUUCUAUUUCUGCAAUGCAAUUAAGCAUUUGGACGAAUAUUAUCCAAAGGAAAAGGUUGGUUAAUAUUUAAA